AAGGAAAAAUAAAUAGAAUAAGGGUUUUGAUAUGCUUGCUUGAUUAAUUUGUUCUAAUUGAAGAGAGAAAUGGAAAGCCCUCGUGCUCCUUCAACUUCAACUCCGAAAAUGGAGAGGAGAAUUAUAGAGAAAAACAGGAGAAAUCAUAUGAAGAGUCUUUACUCUAAGCUUUAUUCCCUUCUUCCUAGUUAUGGCUCCAAGGAAGUUUUGCCUGCAGUGCCAGAUCAAAUAGAUGAAGCCAGGAUGUACAUUGAAAGUUUACAAAAGAAGCUAGAGAUGUAUCAUGAGGAGAAAGAGAAGCUCCUCAAGUUACAAGGGAAGAUGAAACCAAACUCAUCAUCAUCAGCAGCCUCAAAAAAUGAAACCCUUAAUAACACAUCAAAGUUGACUAAUGUGGAAAUUCAUGAAAUGGGACCAAACAUGGAUGUGGUUUGCAUCACUGGAUUGGAAGAUCAAGCUUCGUUUUAUGGGAUCAUUCGUCUCCUUUCCAACCAAGGUUUCGAAAUCGUUCACGCGAAUUUCUCCAUCAAUGGCAAUUCCGUGAUCCAAAUCAGUUAUGAAAAGGUACCUUCUAAUAAUAUUACUGAUCUCAUAUUCAUUUUUGUUUAAUUAGGUUUACAUUCUCAAACAUACAUCAGAAGAGAUGUUAUUAAUUUGUAUAUGAAUUAUUUGUAGCAAGGUGGAAAACCAACAACAUCGAGGGGUGAUAGUUCAGCAAUUUCCAAUAGAUUGAAGGAACUGAUCUACGGCUAUUUGAAAGGUGAAUCAGUUGAAUCAAGUGAUCUGGACUUGUGGGAUUUUGAAAUUGAACCCGACAUGAAUCUUCAACUUCUUCUUCAAACAAUUCCCUCCGAAGAUUUCUACUUUUUGCAACAAAUGUAAAAAAAAAAUAAAAAAAAUUAAUUUAAAUAAAAAUUGAGUACGAGAAAACCUGGCAGUUGUUCUUCCAUUUCAAUAAUUGGAACUUGUACAUUGAGUCAGGACCAAUAUUGAAGAGCCUUUUUGGCUUCAGCCUUUCAGGGGGAAAAAAAUGUAACAAGAUUUUGGCACAAUGAACAACUGUUGGGCUGCGAGUAUAUCUGUGGUGUUUCUUGUUAGAGCCAGUUCGACAUAAUGUGUAUGGGUUCAUGUUAUUUAGCCAUUCUUUGUCAUCAUACUUAAUUAUAAAGUUUUAGCUAUCUUUCUUCAAAUUUUUGAUGGCUUUGAAAUGGCAGCUGAUCA